AUGGUCGAUCAUCAUAACUUAGCAGAAAGUUCUGCUGUAGGAGUCACAGCAGUAGUUUUAGUAAUCUCGACCUUUAUUUCUCUCUACCAAAUAGUCUCCUAUGCAAGAAAUAUGAAAUACAAAUCUGCUCAAAUUGCGUGCAUGCUUUUAUUUACAACACCUAUGAUAGUCGGCUGGUCAGCGUGAGCGUCGUUAUAUGUAGGUGAAGAACUGAAAAAUCUAGACUCACUAGUCACAAUAGACAAAGCAUUCUGCAUUACAAUGUUUCUGAUCCUCACAGAAAUGCUUCUAGGGUGGACUGAGUCGAAUGGGAAAUAUUUUUACACCAAAGAAACAGAAGUAAGAACCAUAGUAAACAUGAAAGAAGCCAAAUGGCUUUUGCCCUGCAUCAAGCCAAGCCCUUUAUCUACGCCAGAUCAAGCGUUAUCUUACUUGUGAAAAGUAAGAAUAGGGACAUAUCAAGUGGUGUUUGUGAUUAUAACAGUCACAAUUAUUACUGCAGCUUUGCUUAUCUUUGACAGUGAAGAUUUUAAAAUCGGAGACAAUAAUAGCAACUCUGUCUGGCUUUGGUUGAAUUCUAUAAGGUCAAUAAGCUGUGCGGUUGCUUUAUUUUAUUUAGUAAAUUAUGCAUUUUUUGCUGCAAGAAUUCCUGAGCUUAAUGACCUGAAAAUUCGAUCAAAAUUCUACCUGAUCAAGCUUUCUAUGAUUUUCACUGAAAUCCAGCCUUUAAUUAUUUCAUAUUGUGCAGGAAAGGGCUGGAUAGCAGACACCGAUGACUAUUCGCAAGAAGAAAUUACAAGCUGAACGAAUUCUUUAUUGCUGUGCUCAGAAAUGAUUAUUGUUGGGUUUAUACAAAUUUUAGUGUUUCCUGUAAGCGAUUAUGAUACACCUCCAUCAUCACGAAAAUUCAGCACUCAUGGGGAAAACUCUGAUCGGCUUCUUAAAUAA